GGGACUGUUUCAAAGAAGGAAAAGGAAUGAUGAUCCUGAAAUUUCUUGGGUUCCUCACCUUUCUGCUUUUGCCAUGAUCAAAUGUUUGGUUGAAGAUGUGCGCUCCAGGUUACGCUCCGGAGUGGCCAUCAACUCACUGGCCCAGUGUGUUGAAGAGCUUGUCCUCAAUAGCAUUGAUGCUAAAGCAACAUGUGUGGCCAUACGGGUGGAUUUGGAAACCUUCAAGGUCCAGGUGUUGGACAAUGGCUCUGGGAUGGGGAGAGAGGAUCUAAAUAAAGUGGGUAAUCGAUAUUUCACUAGUAAGUGCAACUCAGUGGAGGAUUUAGAGAAUCUGAAGUUCUAUGGUUUCCGAGGGGAGGCUGUGGCCAGCAUAGCAAAUAUGGCCAGCAUAGUAGAAAUUUCAUCCAAAACCAACAAUACAGUGAAAACCUUUAUGAAACUCUUUCAGAAUGGGAAAGCACUGGAAGUCUGUGAGGCUGAAUUGACUAGACCAAGUGGUGGAACAACAGUAACUGUGUAUAACCUGUUCCACCAGUUACCAGUGAGGAAAAAGUGCAUGGAUCCCAUGCUGGAAUUUGAGAGGGUGAGGCAGAAGGUAGAGGCUCUUUCGCUCAUACAUCCUUCUGUCUCAUUUUCCUUAAGAAAUGAUGCUUCCUGUUCUAUGAUGCUUCAGCUCCCCAAGACAAAAGAUAUGUAUUCCCGUUUUUGUCAGAUUUAUGGACUGGGAAGAACACAGAAAUUAAGAAAAAUAAAUUAUACAUCUGGGGAGUUUGAGUUAAGUGGCUAUAUCAGUUCUGAAGGGCAUUACAAUAAGAAUAUGCAGUUUUUGUAUGUGAAUAAUAGACUGGUUUUAAAAACAAGAUUGCAUAAACUCAUGGACUUUUUAUUAAGGAAAGAAAGUGUUAUUUGCAAGGCAAAAGGUGGCCUUGCCAACAGACAGAUGAGUUCAAGUCCUGUUCGGCAUCGUGGCCCAGAGCUGUAUGGAAUCUUCGUUAUCAAUGUGAAGUGUCAGUAUUGUGAAUAUGAUGUAUGUCUGGAACCUGCAAAAACUCUGAUAGAAUUCCGCAAUUGGGAUGCUCUUUUAGCUUGCUUUGAGGAAGGAGUGAAAACAUUUUUAAAGCGAGAACACUUAUUUGUUGAACUGUCUGGUGAAGACAUAAAAGAAUUUAAUGAAGACAAUGGCUUUAGUUUGUACGGGACCAGAGCACUGCAGCCUGCACUCUCUGAAGAAAAGAGCAUACAAGACAAUUUUAAGAAAACAUGUGAUGAUAUUGUAGAUUCCUAUGAAAUGUUUAAUUUGCAAUCAAAAACUGUCAAAAGAAAAGUGACUAUUCAGGAAGAGUCUUCAGAUCUCAUAAGUUCAAAUGAUAAUGCAGAAAAGGAAGUCUCCUCAGGUCUGAUCAUUGCUGAACCAGCUGACACAGCGAGUCCUCUGCUCAACAAAGAAGGCACCACUUCUGAUUUCUCAGGAUUAGGUAUCUCAGAACAAGAGCCAAAAGAAUUCAACAAUCCCAAAAUGGUGUUUGUGAGCUGCAAGUCUUCAGAAAAUCUCUCUGGGGAGUCCAGGUCAGAAAGAGUAGAAAUAGACAGUUAUGCUGAAAUGCCAUGUUGUACUGAGAAUUGUGUGGAAGAUGCAAGAACGCAGGAGGACAGUGCAGCUCAGAAAAGCAGCAUCAAUAUUGCCUUCGGAAAUGGUGUCACUCAAGGGCAGCAUGAGAGAGUUGAAGAUACAGCUGAUGGACCAGAACUUCUUUGUGGGAGAGCAUUGAUGGGAAUGUCUGAUGCAAUGAAAGAUGACAGUAGAAAAAGUAAAGGGCCAAAUAAUGAUGGUGGAGGAAGGGUUGUUAGAUCAGUACCACUGAAGUUGUGUUCCACAGGCCUUAUAACUCAUGUGAUGCAAAAUCAGCCACCACAUGAACAAACUGAAAUGAAUUGCUCAUUAAACAUGCAUUCUAAACCUGGUCCUGUAAGUGCCAAGGACAUAUUUGGAAACAAGAUGAGCUUUUCAGUUCAGGGUCUAAAUGUUCAGGAUAUUUCUAGUAUUUUAAAUAAAGAGUAUACUACACUACCCAAUAGAGAAGUAUGCAGAGCAUAUGCAUAUGAGUGGUUAGAAAAUGAGACUGUAUCAGGCCAGAAGAAUGAGGAGGUAGCUUCCAUUACUGCAAGAGAUAGAAGGGAGUGUGUAACAUCACACACUAGAGAGUUGCUUCCUGUCACUUCCUUGGGUUUUGCUCAUAAUGAAAAUAAUCCAAGCAACAGAAGACAAAUGGUUGAGCUAUCUGUUAUGCCCAGAACCCAAGCCUAUAAGAAGCUGAGCUUGGCCAUACAGUUGGGGUCUUUAGAGCGAUUCAGGAGACAUUAUGGGAAGGUCAGGAGUGCACCAUCAGUAUCUAUUCCAGAGAAGAGGAGUGAAUUUGAACCUCCAGGUGUUCUUGGUUGUCUAGCUGAUCUUGACACCUUGAAGAAUCAGAAUAACAAUUUUGAAUGUGUUAACAUUUGUGAAACCCAAGUUCUGGAACAUGCUGAUUCUAAUAUUUGCCAAGCUGGUUGCCUCCUUUCCUUGGAGAGGUCUCAGUUCUGUGGCAAAGAAACUUUGUUAAACAGAAAAGCUCCUUGUGUGAGAGAGAGUCCUUUGACAUUGACUGAUUACUCUCAAAUUAGAAGAAAAGACCUAAGUAGCAGUAGAUCACUUGGAUCUCUAGCUUCUAAACUGUCCAGAAUGAAGGGUGACCACAAGGAAGUUUUAGCUACAGAAGUUGUGGGACAAGUUGAUGAACAAUUCCAAAGAGAUUCAAGCAGAAAAGGUAACACAUUGCAUCUUUUGUCUCAAACUGAUGAUUUUUUGCAGAGUUCUUAUCAAAUGUGUCAAAGCUGCUCACAAGAAGUAGGGGUAGACGAUUGCAUCCUUGCGUCUGCCUCUGAUGAGCAGGAUGCUCCCUGCAAAACGUAUAGUACAAGAGGAGGGACUAUGGAAAAUGCCGUGAACCAGUCACUGCUCAUCAACACAGAUGGGGAGUACAUGGCCACCACAAGCAGUGGUUUGGCAUUACACAGUGAAAAGAGUUAUUCUGAGGGCAUCUCUAAAGAUGGAAAUAUUGUGGAUGUAUCUUCAAAGCAGACUUCAAAAGCCACUGAGCUUCCCAAUGUAACUUUGUCAAGUAGUUUGGAAGUACCUGGAGAUGUCACAAAUGCAGUUCAGUCUAAAAAUGAGGAAUCAAUAUUGUGUCCUGUCUGGAUGCAACGUUUUGAUGUUUCACUGGGUAAGAUGGUAUACGUCAAUAAAAUGACUGGACUAAGCACCUACAGUACUCCUCCAACUGAAGAACUUCAGGCUGCUUGUACUAAAGAUAUAACUACAAUGGCUGUGAAUGUUGUCUUACAGAGUGGGUUUCAGUGCAGGUGCCAUCCUUUUAGAAGUGAGCUUGUUCUACCCUUCCUUCCUAGACCUCGUGAAGAGAGGAUUCUGGCAAGCCAGGAUUUCAGAGAUGCUGAUGGGGAGUCUCUCCAGUCCUUGUUUUCAGAGUGGGAUAAUCCUGUAUUUGCUCACUACCCAGAGGUUGCUGUUGAUGUGAGCAGUGGCCAGGCUGGGAGUCUGGCUGUGAAAAUUCAUAAUAUCUUAUAUCCCUAUCGUUUCACCAAGGAAAUGAUUAAUUCAAUGCAGGUUCUUCACCAAGUGGACAAUAAAUUUAUUGCUUGUUUAAUCAACACUAGGAGUGACGUGAAUGCAGAUGCAGAUGGAAACCUGCUGGUGUUGGUGGAUCAGCAUGCAGCCCAUGAGCGUAUCCGCUUGGAGCAACUUAUUGCAGAUUCCUAUGAGAAGCAACCUGAAGAAUCUGGCAAGAAGAAAUUGCUGUCCUCCACCAUCUGGCCCCCACUGGAGAUUGAGGUAACAGAGGAGCAGAGAAGACUUUUACGGUGCUGCCACAAAAGCCUGGAGGAAAUAGGCCUUGAAUUAUCAUUUCCAGAGAACAACAGCUCCCAGAUUCUAGUUGGGAAAGUGCCCCUAUGUUUUAUGGAGAGAGAGGCCAAUGAAUUACGACGGAAAAGACAGCCUGUGGCUAAAAGCAUUGUGGAGGAGUUGAUUCAAGAACAAGUUGAGCUGUUGCAGACCACAGGAGGCGCACAAGGGACACUCCCACUAACCUUUCUAAAGGUGCUGGCUUCCCAGGCAUGCCAUGGAGCUAUUAAGUUUAAUGACAGCUUGACUAAGGAGGAGAGCUGCCAGCUUAUUGAAGCUUUGUCCUCUUGCCAGCUGCCUUUCCAGUGUGCUCAUGGGAGACCUUCCAUGAUGCCACUUGCAGACAUAGACCACCUGAAGCAGGAAAAGCAGCCUAAACCUAAUUUGUCUAAACUGCGGAGAAUGGCCCGAGCCUGGCAGCUGUUUGGGAAACAAGGACAGCACUUGGAAGUGUGAGCUAAAAACCAGACCCUCCAGGAAUAUUGAUGUCACACAACCCUUAAUACUUCCAGCCAGCAACGUGAAACCAAUGUUGCUGCUUGGAUGCAACUCCUGAGCCAGGACGGUAUCAGAAGUACUACCUUCACAGCUGACCUUCUGAGGAGUCAAGAUAAUCCGUGGGAAUGUGGCAGGAGAAGGCUCCUAUAGUCCAGAGAAGAGGCUUCAAUGUUCAGAAAUUAUAUUGUGUGCCCAGACUUGGCUAUUCAAGGAUAGAAAGAGUCUCACACUUGCAAGUGUUAAAUUCCCUUCUUGUGAGAAUGGCAGGAUUCCUCAUAGCGGAAGGGUGGUUUUAAUGUAUUUACAAUGCUUGAAAGUGUAGAUGGCUAAGUAUUUAUUAAUAAACCAACACCACUUUC